UCUCUUUCACCGAUCAGCAGCACUGCAGUGGUAUAAACCUAACUGGCUCACAAGUUCUCCCUCACUAUCACUUCCUCCUCUCACUCCAAGUUGUCACUUAUAGGCGCAGGUGAAGACAAAUUCUCCUAGCAUUUGGACUCAAGGCUCGCUGACCUUCUAAGGAUGAAGUCCUUGGUGUGUGUUUUACUGGCGUUCAUUGCAGCGGCAUCGGAUGCCCAUAUUGACCCUGCACUGGACAACCACUGGACAUUAUGGAAAAUUACUUAUAACAAGAAAUAUGAGCAGAUUGAAGACCUGACAAGGAGAAUUAUCUGGGAGAAGAACCUGAAGUUUGUUACACUACAUAACCUGGAACAUGAACUGGGGGUUCAUUCAUACAGUGUGGGCAUGAACCAUCUGGCAGAUAUGACCAGUGAGGAAGUGCUAGCCCAGCUUACUGGAUUAAUACCGCCUACUCGUCAAGAAGGGAAGCGUUUCUUCAGUAACACACGGAACAUGACUCAGUACUCUAACGCACCAGACUCCAUGGACUGGAGGGACAAGGGAUGUGUCACAGAUGUCAAAAACCAGGGUCCAUGUGGAUCUUGCUGGGCGUUCAGUGCAGUUGGCGCACUGGAGGGGCAGCUGAAAUUGAAAACAGGGAAUCUAGUCUCUCUCAGUCCUCAGAAUCUUGUAGAUUGUUCUACCAAGUACGGAAACCAUGGCUGCAAUGGGGGCUUCAUGACCAAUGCCUUUAAGUACGUGAUUGAAAACAACGGCAUUGAUUCUGAUUCCUCCUACCCCUACCACGCAAAGGAUGAGCAAUGCAACUAUAACCCAUCUUCCAAAGCCGCCACAUGUACAAAGUACACAGAGGUUCCCGGCUCUGAAGAGGACCUGAAAGUUGCACUUGCCAAUAUUGGGCCAAUAUCUGUAGCAAUUGAUGCCAGACAUGCCUCCUUCUAUUUGUAUAAAAGCGGCGUUUAUGAUGAUCCUUCCUGUACUCAAGAUGUCAACCACGGGGUUCUUGCUGUAGGAUACGGAAACCUUGGAGGAAAGGAUUUUUGGCUCAUAAAAAACAGUUGGGGCGAGACUUACGGAGACCAGGGCUAUGUACGUAUUGCAAGGAACAAGAAUAACAUGUGUGGAGUAGCAAGCUAUGGCUCUUACCCGCUCAUAUGAAAUUAGCUCUAAGUGCCCCUUAAUGUAGCAGGACACAGAAAGAUUUCCCAUGAUCAGAAGUAACAUUACAUCCGUCUUUAGAUCUGUGCUAAUGGAAAUUAGUUUGAAGACUUUCUUAAUGACUCCUAAGAAAGCAAUCACCCCUUUUUUUGUAUUGCAAAUUUUCAGGCAUCUAUUAAUCUGCCCUAGCAAACUACAAACCUCUAAUGCAAAUCAGCAAUGCCAGACGAUCAAGUUUGCCAGGCUAAGUUGUUAUGCAACUUGGCAAGUGUAGGACUACAGAACAAGCAUGUAUGCAGAGGUAUAGACUAGUUUCAUACGCUUAUUUGCCUUUGCAAACUACCUCAGAACGAAGCAGUAGGCUCACCACUAAAGGUGGGUACACACUAGGCCAUAUGCUUUAUGAGCGACGUCGCCUAGUGUUUCCUUCUCUGCUGGGGCAGUGCGUACACACUGAAUGAUAUGACAACGAUGUCGCUCAGUGACGUCACGCCGCGGCCGGGCCGUGCAUUCAGCUGCUGGAUGGAAGUUCAAACUGAGCUGCAUGCACGGCCGACAGCGAGGGUCGUUAAUGACCCGCUAGGCCGCGCAUCGCUCGGCGGUGGCAUACACACUGGUCAAUAUAAUAUACAACGUCGCUCAGGAAGCGCAAAAUGAGCAAAGUCGUUUACUUUUAUCGCCUAGUGUGUAUGCACCUUAAGACGGAUCAGCUUUGGCUGUGAACACAAACAGGACUGCAUUGCACUGCUCAUGAGUAGGUUAUGGUAACCAUGUGCUACAUGUGGGCAAUACUUAAUAACCCAUAAUGCAUUAUGAUUGGGUUAUAUACAAAGCACCAGAAUCUGUAAAAAGUGAAAGACAUGUAUUCCCCUGAUUCUCAGUUAUUAUUAUGACUUACCUGUGAAGUGAUUUAGGCCCUCAUUCCGAGUUGAUUCCUCGCUAGCUACUUUUUGCAGCCAUGCAAGCGCAUUGUCGCCGCCCACGGGGGAGUGUGUUUUCGCUUUGCAAGUGUGCGAUCGCCUGUGCAGCCAAGCGGUACAAAAACAUUUUGUGCAAAACAAGACCAGCCCUGAAGUUACUUAUCCUGUGCGAUGAUCCUAGCGACGGAGGUCCUGGAAUUGACGUCAGACACCCGCCCUGCAAACGCUUGGACACGCCUGCGUUUUCCCUACCACUCCCAGAAAACGGUCAGUUGACACCCAUAAAUGCCCUCUCUCUGUCAAUCUCCUUGCGAUCGGCUGUCCGAAUGGAUUAGUCGCUAGAAGCAUUGCACAGCAACUAUGCUUUUUGUACCCGUACGAUGCGCGUGCGCAUUGCAGAGUAUACGCAUGCACAGUUUUGCAAAAAUCGUCAGUGAGCGAUCAACUCGGAAUGACCCCCUUAGUUGGUUUCUGUUUUACUUCACGGUAGUUUCUCAGUAUAAUAUAAUUGCAUGAUUUAAGGUUGUAGAAAUAAAAUGUAAAAUCACA